AUGCUCUUCAGGCCUGCUGCUGCCCUUCUGGCUGCACUCCCCUUCCUGGCGUCGACCGCAGCAUUCUACCUCCCCGGUACUGCGCCGCGCGACUAUCAGUAUGGCGACAACAUCGACGUCUUUGUCAACGCCCUCACCCCCAUGCUCAACUCCAAGCUCCGCUCCCUCAUAUCCCACGACUACUAUGACGACCGGUUCCACUUUUGCCAGCCAGAAGGCGGUCCUCAGAAGCAGCCCGAGAGCCUGGGGUCUAUCCUCUUUGGCGACCGUAUCUUGACGUCGCCGUACCAGAUCAAUAUGCUGGAAAACUCUACGUGCCAGAAGCUCUGUCAGAGCAGCGUACCGAAAGACGACGCCAAGUUUAUCAACGACAGGAUAAAGGAGGACUACGGGUUGAACUUUUUGAUCGACGGGCUGCCCAGUAGUGAGAUGAAGAGGGAUAGCAAAACGGGAGAGAUCUUUUUGGAUGCCCAGGGUUUCAAUCUGGGUGAUGACGAGACGGAUCCUACCCACCCGGCUCUCAACAACCACUACGACAUCUACAUCCAGUACCACGCUCGUGACGAACACCACUUCCGAGUCGUCGGUGUCCUUGUCUACCCCAGGUCAGUCAACUCGUUGGUGGCUGGGUCAUCGCAGCCAGACUGUUUCAACAGCGCCCAGUACCACCUCAAUGAAGAGACUGGCAACGAGUUCUUCUACACCUACUCUGUCUCUUUCCUCGAGAGCGACAUCCCUUGGGGUCUUCGUUGGGACGCGUACCUCCACGUUUUCGACCCUAAAAUCCACUGGUUUAGCUUGGUCAACUCUCUUAUCAUUGCCGGCUUCCUUGUCUUUAUGGUCGGCAUGAUCCUCCUCCGAUCUAUCUCUCGCGAUAUUUCUCGCUACAAUGCUGUCGACUUGGCAGACGACGUACAAGAGGACUAUGGAUGGAAACUCGUCCAUGGCGAGGUCUUCCGUCUUCCCCAGCGCCCCAUGCUUCUUUCAGUCAUGGUCGGUAAUGGAUCUCAUCUCGUCAUGAUCAGCAUCGUCACCCUCGUCUUUGCUCUAUUUGGCUUCCUCUCCCCUUCCAACCGGGGCUCUCUCGCGACCGUCCUUCUGAUAUGCUGGACUUUCUUUGGCUGUGUCUCUGGGUACACCUCUGCUCGAGUCUUUGCUACUAUCGGCGGCGACGAGUGGAAAUCAAACCUCGCUCUCACGACCGUCCUCUUCCCCACCGUCGUCUUUUCCCUCAUCGGGUUGUUCAACCUGUUCCUCAUCUUCUCUGGUGCCUCUGGCGCUGUCCCAUUCGGCACCAUCCUCGCGGUCCUGUUCUUAUGGUUCAUCAUCUCCGCGCCCUUGACCGUCGCCGGCUACUUUUUGGGUAUGAAGCACGGCGCCUUCACCAACCCCGUCCGAGUCGCCUCCAUCCCCCGACAGAUCCCUCCCAAACCCUGGUACCUCUCCACCUGGCCCGCCACCAUCCUCGGCGGUAUCCUCCCCUUCGGCGCCGCCUUUGUCGAGCUCUACUUUGUCCUCUCCUCUCUAUUCGGCAAUCGCGCAUACUAUGCGUUCGGGUUCCUCUUCCUCACCUUUAUCGUGGUGGCGUUGACAACAGCGACCGUGACCGUGCUCUUUGUCUACUUUUUGCUCUGCGCAGAAGAAUACAGGUGGCAUUGGAGGUCGUUCAUGAUCGGAGGAGGGUCGGCCUUUUGGCUGUUUGCGUACGGAGUGUGGUACUGGGCGUCGAGGUUGAGCUUGGAUAGCUUUACGAGCGUGGUCUUGUACUUUGGCUACCUGUUCCUCUUUUCGUUACUCGACUUCCUUGUGGGAGGCGCGAUUGGGUAUGUGGCGACAUACUUCGCGUUGAGAAGAUUGUACGCUUCGAUCAGGGUGGACUAG